GCUGCUCCGCUACCUGGCUGCAGCCCACACCUGGGCCCUCUUGGCUGGGGGGUCGCUUUCCCCGGCAGGCCCGCUGACUGCAGACUUGGAAUGAUCGUGCGCAGUGCUGACGGGCUGAGCUUAACUCUCUGCCUGGCCUGUGCCAGGGACAGACCAGUGCCGCCAUCCUAGAGGGGAACAGGGCAGGGACAUCUGGGCAGGCAGGUAAGGGGAAAGCCCAUCCCAGGACCUGGACACCCUCCGAGGGCUGAGGGUAGCUGAUGUGGAAGGAAGGCAUCAGGGGCGGUAGGGGGCUGUUGCUGAGGUCCAGCCUCUACCUCUUAGAGGUUCUAUGACUUGGGGCAAGUGACUGCACUUCUCCGAGCCUUGGUUUUCUCAUCUGGGCAUGGUAGCCAUCCCUGGGUACCCCAGGGUGGCUGUGAGCCUGGGAGUCGUGUGCAUGCACCCACCACAUCGGGAACCACACACAGGUUCCCUCCUUCCAGACCCCUGGCCCUAAGAAGCCAAAGCUCAGAAACGCUGCUGAAGGUCAGAGGCUAAAUGCGGGCCAAAGCCAGUGGCAGACUUCCUGACCCUUUGAAGCCUGUCUCCCCAACUGUAAAAAGAGGUUUAAUAAUCAUUCCUCUCUCCCUGUGAGUGGUGAGGUCUAGGGGCCUGUGGUUAUCAGCACCCUCUGGGCCCCAGACAGGGAAACCAGACAGGCUCCUUGUUACCCCCAAGCUGCCUUCCCUCCCAGGGCUGCUCUCAUCCUGGCCUCUUUCAUCUUAGGUUUAAUUAGCCGGGCUGCCCCACCCCACAGUCUCUUGGGCGGGAGUCAGCACUCCCAUUUUAUAGAUGGGGAAACUGAGGCACCUAGAGGGAAGUGGUUUGGGGCUGCCGCCUGUGAGUCAACUAUGGAGCCAGAGCCAGAGUUGGGACCGGGCUUUCCAGCUGGACCUGUCCCUCGGGGCGGGUCCCUGUCUCCAUCCCCCUGGCAUCCCUGGCACCGCCGGCGCCCAGAGAGCCUCUUUUCCACCUCCCCUCUGGUGGGCAGCAGGACGGGUGGGGAGGGGCCUGCGGAGCCUGGAGAAAGGAGAGAAACGAGUUGGCAGCAGCCAGAACAUGGGGGCUCAGGUCUGUUUCAUCUUCAAAGCUGGCUAAUUAGAGCUAAAGGCUUUACUGUAGCCUGUGGGGCCUGGACGCCGGCAGUUCUGGGCCACGGAAGCCAGCGGUCAAUGGGGCAUCCGCCCUUGCGGUUCCGGGCCCAGGAGAUACUGCUCUGGGAGCUACAGGCGACCCCCGAGUGUGGCCAAACAGCUCCGAUCCUGCCCUCUGGAAUUCCAAGAGUGCUGGAUUGGUGCACCGCUUGGCCCGAGGUCUUUAGUGGCGAAGUCUCCGUUUCCAGGUCCGUGCCAGGCCUGCCGCGAGCCCUGUGAUCCACCCGGCCCUGCCACUCUGCACGUCGGCAUCCCGUUGUUUUCCGGCUUCCUCCAGGAUUAUGGCCUUGCCCUGCCAGCUUUACCCUGGUUAGGCUGCCACAGCCCUUGCCGACUGUCAGCUAUUGGUAUGGCCUAAGACAAAGGUCAGCAGCUUCCGCCCGCGGUGACCCCGGCGCCGGCUCCGCGCCCCCAAGCCCAGCCGGGGGGGGGGGGGGGGUGGCCGGGGCCGGCGUCGGAGAAGCGAAGCCAAGCCCGGAGGCGCCCGCCCGACCGGUUCGGCCGGGGCUGCGAGGAGCACUUCCUGCGGGCGCUCUGGGACCGCACCUUGCACACCCCCCAGCGGACACCCUGGGAGCCCGGAGACCCGCACCCCACGCCCUCCGCAGGGUGCGGAGAGCCCGGACGCCGGCAGGGACCUGGGUGCGGCACCAUGGGACCCCCGAGCCGGGAAACCUGGGCCCAGCGCCUGGGCGCCUUCCGGGCCAGCCCGUCCGCCUUCAUGGCCGGUCCCGAGGGUGAGGAUCUGGGUCGUGACCUGUUGAUCGAACUGAGAAGUGAGAAGCUGAGCGAACAGACCAAGGUUUCCUUGCUGGCUCUGAGCUUGGAGUACCCAGCCCAGCUGUGGCCGGACGCUGCUGCAGCCGAGGCAGCGGCCACCUCGUUGUUGGACACCCUGGUCCUUCUGCCCCCACGGCCCUCAGCCCUGCGGCGGCCCCUGCUGCUGGCGGCCACCACAGUCCUGGCGGCCGGAGACGCGCUGGGCCCCACCUCGGGAGCCUCCCGCCGGCUCCUGCCACUACUUCUUGGCUUGGCUUCUGGCCGCGAUCUGGGGCGAGGCUUUGGCCCCGCCUCGGAGCAGCGCCCCCUACAGGCCACGGCCUGUGAGUGCCUACGGGAGCUGGAGAGCUGCAAGCCUGGGCUGCUGGGGGACUGCCUGGGGCUGCUGCGGCGCCUGCUGGGGCAGGAAGGCCCGGUCCAGCCGCUCAGCCUGCUGCUGGCACUCGCUCUGCGCAACGCCUUGGUGAUACGGGCCAAGGCCAAGGCCGGACUGCAGGGCCUGCUCGUGGCCGGAGAUGCGCCCACCCCAGGUGGUCCCUGGAACUGGGCACUAGCUGAGGAGGGGGGUGCCCACCCACAGCCUCAGGCACCCAGCUGGCCGGCAGCCGAGGACGAGGAGUGUGGCCUUGCAGUGCUGGAGCCCAGUCCUGAGGAGGCCCGGGAGCUGCGGGCUGCUGUGGCCCAGCUUCUGGACUCCUCCUACCUACUCACUCCUGUGGCUCAGGCCCAGCUUCUGUGGCUUCUGGGCUGGGCUCUGCGGGGUCUCCGGGGACAGCCGCCAGUGCUCUUCAAGCCACAGUUGGUACGGCUGCUGGGCACGGCCCAGCUGGCACUCCUGCAUGCGGUGCUGGCACUCAAGGCGGCCUUUGGCGAAGCCCUGUUCACAGCCCAGGAUGAGGCCUUGCUGCUCCGCAGGCUCACCUUGGCCGCCCAGCACCCCGCCCUGCCCCUACCCGCCCACCUCUUUUACCUGCACUGUCUGCUGAGCUUCCCUGAGAACUGCCCUCUAGGCCCUGCUGGGGAGGAGGCCGCCCCCCUGCUGCUGGGGCCCCGGCUGGGCCGCAGCCUCCUGCCCAGUCUCCUUCAUGACCCGAUGGCUCUCCUGGCCCGCCUGCACCUGCUGUGCCUGCUCUGUGCCGAAGAUGAAGAAGAGGAGAAAGGCCAGGGCUGGAGCCCCCAGCGUUACCUAGGGGAGCUGCUGGCUGGCCUGCGCCAGAGGGCAGCCUUGGAUGGGGGCCCCCGGGCCUUGGCUGCUCUCUGCUUCCAGGCCUCCUACCUGGUCGUUCGCUGCCUAGCCACGCAACCUCUGGUGCUGACGCCCUUGACCCACGGGCUGGCCGAGCUAUACCGAGCCCGGCCUGCGCUGGCUCCCCAUUUUGUGGAUCUCUUGGAUAGGGUGGGCCCCGAGCUAGGGGAGCCCCUGAGAGCGGUGCUGCGGCAGGAGGUGGUGUCCAGAGCCGGCAGAGACGAGGCCCUUCGUUGGCACCUGAAGAUACUGGCGAAAGUGGCCGACGGGAAUGCUCCAAGUGCCACCCUAGGCUUCCUGCGAGCUGCGGCGGCCCACUGCACAGACUGGGGCCUCCAGCAGGCUCUGCUGAGGGUCUGCCGGACCUUGAUGCGGGCGGGUGUCCGGGAAGGCCUGGCCGACUUGCUGCAGGCACUGGCCAGGCAGCUGGAUGACCCUGAUGGACGGGACCAUGCCCGGCUCUACUACAUCCUCCUGGCCCACCUGGCGGGGCCUAAGCUAGGGGUGGCCCUGGGCCCCUCUCUGGCCGCACCGGCACUGACCUCCUCGCUGGUGGCCGAGAACCAGGGCUUUGCCGCCGUGCUGAUGGUGCAGGAGGCCCCGGCCCCGAUUCGGCUAAGUGUGGGGCCCCGCAGAGCAGCGGGCCCGGGCCCGGUGCUGCAGCUCCAGGUGGAGGUGCUGGAGCCCGUGUUCUCUCUCGAGCUGCGCUUCCGCGUGCAAGGCCAGCUGUACGCGCCGCUGGACGCGGUCCACGUGCCCUGCCUGCGCCCGGGCCGCCCCUGCAGCCCUCUGCUCCUGCCGCUGCAGCCCCGGCUCCCGGCUCCCACGCAGCUGAGCGUGCGCGCCCUGUACGCCACCCCCGCCGGCCUCACGUGCCACGCCCACCUGCCACCCGUGCCCGUGAACUUCGAGGACCUUUUCCUGCCUUUCCCCCAGGCCCCCAACGACGGGGACAAGCAGGGCUUCUUUGAGGAGCUCUGGGACUCCUGCCUGCCAAAGGGCGCGGAGAGUCGCCUCUGGUGCCCUCUUGGGCCGCAGGGGCUGGAGGCCUUGGUGUCCCGCCACCUGGAGCCCUUUGUGGUGGUGGCCCAGCCCCCCACCAGUUACCAUGUGGCCAUCCGCCUGCCCCCAGACUCGAGGCUGCUGCUGCGACUGGAGGCGGCCCAGGCCGGCGGAGUGCCUGUGGCCCUGCGCACCGACCACUGGGCUGUGCUGCCUCUGGCCGGGGACUACCUCCGUGGGCUCUCAGCCGCUGGCUGAACCCGGAGACUAGGCCAGACCCUGGGACAGUCUUGCUCAGGGGGGGCCCUGCGGGCCAGAACACAGUCCUGUGACUCCUUUCUUAAGAAAAAAAAAAGUGGGGGGGUAGAAAAGAAAAGAAAAAACCAAACAUAU